AUGGUGUCCACAGGACAGACAUAUGAGAGAUCAUACAUACAAAGAUGGAUAAAUCUUGGGAAUAAAACAUGCCCAAAAAGUUGCCAAAAACUUAAAAACCUAACUCUCACUCCAAAUUAUGCCUUGAGAAGUUUGAUAGCUGAAUGGUGUACAAAUCAGAAUCUUAAACCACCAAAAAAGAUCAACCCAAUCGUUGAAAAAGUUCUCAUAAUCCCAACCAUAUCUUGGCAUGAUCCACUGCCAUAA